CAGAAUUCAGCACUACGUGGCAAUGCCUAGAAGUUGGAAUAAUGGCAGGAUGUACUAUUUCUCCGCUGGCUUUUACAUGGCAAUGGAAGUAAUUAUUAGGGCAUCUAAAUGGGUAGUGGGAGGAGAGCGCUUGGCUUCAGGAAUACAAUUACCACCAAUUCGAGCAUACAUGGACGAUAUGACAACCAUGACUACAACAGUAGCCUGCACUAAUCGAUUAUUGGGCAAGUUAACCAAUAACAUCGAAUGGGCGCGAAUGCAAUUCAAGCCCACUAAAUCAAGGAGCAUCUCUAUAGUUAAAGGUAAAGUGGUAGAUAAAACGUUCUUCAUUAAUGGUGAGGCAAUACCAACAGUGUCUGAGAAGCCAGUGAAGAGCCUUGGGAGAUGGUACGACGGAGAUCUAAAGGACACAGUUCAUGUGGGAGAAGUUAGACAACAAGUGGUGGAAGGGUUGAAGAGCAUAGACAGCAGCGCUUUACCAGGUAAAUUAAAACUCUGGUGCUUUCAGUUUGGCCUACUACCAAGGUUGCUCUGGCCACUGACUGUGUAUGAGGUUUCUUUGACAGCAGUAGAGAAGCUGGAAGCUUUAAUCAGUUCAUACAUCAGGAAAUGGUUGGGAGUUCCACGCUGCCUCAGCAGAGUGGGGCUUUAUGGUAAAGGAAUACUGCAGUUACCUGUCUCCGCUUUAACCGAGGAGUUUAAGUGCGCCAAGGUCCGACUGGAAAUGACAUUAGUAGAGUCACGCGAUAAAUGCGUAAGGGAGGCAGCACCUGUGUUGAAAACUGGAAGAAAGGGGGUGGCAAAGAAAGCUGUGGAGGAUGCAAAGGCUUCCCUUCAAAUUGGUGAUAUUAUGGGGCAAGUUCAGCAUGGAAGAGGGGGUCUUGGUUUCAGUUCAGGUCCUCCUACAUGGCACAAGGCAGCCCCAGCGCAACGGAGGAAGCUUGUAGUUAAUGAGGUGCAAAAGCAGGAGGAGAAGAUGAGGUGUAUAAAGCCCAUCUCUAAGGCAAGCAGGGAGAAUGGAUGAGAUGGGAGAGUGUGGAACAACAUAAGAUUGGCUGGCAAGACCUAUGGGCAAUGAACAGAGCAGGAUCGGUUUCCUUAUAAGGUCAACGUAUGAUGUUCUCCCAUCACCGCAGAACCUAAACCUUUGGGUAGGAGAGGAUCCCUCGUGUCCUUUGUGUUCAUCAUCUGCAACAUUAAGGCACAUUUUGACAGGAUGCAAGGUGGCUCUUAGCCAAGGACGGUUUAUUUGGCGCCACAACCAGGUGCUGCGAUGUUUGGCAUUAGCAUUGGAAGACAGGCGUAACAUGACCAAUAAGUUGCCACCUGUUCCAUCAAAACAGUACAUACAAAAGACAAUAUUCCUCCGUCCAGGAGAGCAACCACCAAAAGGUGUUAAA